AUGGCUCCCAGAGAGGGCACGGAGCGCGGUUCCGUCAUGGACGGUAUUAGGGCCAUCCUUCUGGGGCCGCCCGGAGCCGGUAAGGGGACUCAGGCCCCGAAACUAGCAGAAAAAUAUUGCGUUUGUCACCUUGCCACAGGAGAUAUGUUAAGAGCUAUGGUUGCAUCAGGAUCAGAGCUGGGAAAACGUCUGAAAGCUACAAUGGAUGCAGGAAAACUGGUCAGUGAUGAAAUGGUUGUAGAACUGAUUGAAAAGAACCUGGAUACCCCUCCAUGUAAGAAGGGAUUCCUGUUAGAUGGAUUUCCUCGUACUGUCAAGCAAGCAGAAAUGCUUGAUGAACUUCUUGAAAAGCGUCAAGAAAAACUUGAUUCAGUCAUCGAAUUUAGUGUAGACGAUUCUUUGCUUGUAAGAAGGAUCUGUGGCAGGUUGAUACACCCGACAAGUGGACGAUCAUACCAUGAAGAGUUCAAUCCUCCUAAAGUACACAUGAAAGAUGACGUGACUGGUGAGCCUUUGGUGAAACGUUCUGAUGAUAAUGAAGCUACCCUGAAGUCCAGGCUGGAGGCCUAUCACACUAUGACUGCACCACUUGUCGACUAUUACCAACGCCAUGGGAUCCAUACAGCAGUAGAUGCCGCACAGUCUCCAGAUGUGGUGUUCGCAAGCAUCUUGGCAGCUUUCUCCAGAGCUCGCAGUAAAGACCUUGUUAUAUUUUUGUAA